GUGAGCGUAGCGUUUAUUCCGCGGAGGGUGGGUUCUCAGGACUUCUCAGAAGUCAAGUUUCCAGGAAGUGAGGACAUUUGUCUGUGGGUGAGGCCCCUGGCCCCCGAGGGUAAAUUUUCAGGACUAGCCUGGAGUCAAGGAUUCUCAGAGUACGGGUUGAUCAUAACAGGAGCCCUGUGGUUUCCCAGAGCCGUGCCCUCACAGAAUCCGGCAGAGGCAGCUCCCUGUAGAAGGUGCUCCCGUUCAUCUUUUCUUCUCUCAUGCCCAGAUCACCUCCUGUCCUACCCACACUACUACCUGCUGUCCCUGGCCACAGUCAUCAUGCCUCGGGGACAAACGAGUAAGCUCCACACCAAUGAGAAACGCCACCAAGCCCAAGGUGGGCUCCAGCAUCAGAGCAGUGCUCAGGCCACUGUAGCCAAGGAGAAAGCCUUCCCCUCCUUGGCUCCUCCGACCUUUGGUGUUCUUACUCACAGAAAACCUGCAGCUAGGUCACGUAGCACUCUCAAGGGGUCUCAGAGAGCCCUAUCCACCAAGCCUGCAGGCGUUUCUCCCACAAGAUCAUAUAAAGGAGCCAACCGCAAAACUGAGAAAAAGCCAAGUUCCUCCCAGGCCCCACUCACCAUUGUGCACUCUCAAGGAGACCCUUUAACCAGAGCAACGAGUAUUUUGGUGCAGUUCCUGAUGCAUAUGUACAAAAGGAAAAAGCCCAUCACGAAAGCCAAUAUGCUGAAGAUUGUCAAUAAAAAGUACAAAAAUCGCCUCCUUGAGAUCCUCAGAAGAGCCUCUUUCAGCUUAGAAGUGGUUUUUGGUGUUGACUUAAAGGAAGUCGAUUCUACCAAGCAUUCCUAUAUCCUGGUCAGUAAGAUGGACCUCCCUAACAAUGGGACCAUAAGCCCGGGCAGAGGAUUUCCCAAGACCGGCCUUCUGAUGAAUCUCCUGGGUGUGAUCUUCAUGAAGGGCAACUGUGCCACCGAAGAGAACAUCUGGGAGUUCCUGAAUAAGAUGGGAGUCUUCGCAGGGAAGCGACAUUUCAUAUUUGGGGAACCCAAGAAGCUCAUCACCCAGGAUUUGGUGAAGCUUAAGUACCUGGAGUACCGGCAGGUGCCCAACAGUGAUCCCGCACGCUACGAGUUCCUAUGGGGUCCCAGAGCCCAUGCUGAGACCAGCAAGAUGAAAGUGCUAGAGUUUUGGGCCAAGAUUAAUCAUACUGUCCCCAGUGCCUUCCACUUCUGGUAUGAAGAGGCUCUGCGAGAUGAGGAAGCACGAGUCAAAGCCACGGUUACACAACAGGCCGAGACAGGUGCCACGGCCAGUGAAUGUUCCAGGGAAUGUCUAGCAGCACCUCCCACACCUAAUUAAGUUGAGGCAGGUUCUUCAUAUUGUGGCUGAAGGGAACAGUCAGUGUCCUAAGUAGUAGAGGGCAAGGUGUGACUGAGGGAACACAGUGUAUAAUACCUCCGUGCUCCUGUUCUGUAUGGGUAAUUUGGAGAUUCAUCAGCAUUUUUAUUUUUUGCUCUUCUUCCAAAUGUUACUUCAAAAUGCAGGCUUAUCUAGCAUUAUAAACUA